CCCUCUUCAUUUCCUCAUUCACGUCCAUUAUACACACUUCAGUUUCUUGAAAAUGGCUCUUUUUGGUUUCUUUCUAGUGGGGUUUGUCUCAUUGUUCUCUUCCGUUCAAGGGUAUAAUUAUGGGGGUUGGACAAAUGCUCAUGCCACUUUCUAUGGUGGAGGUGAUGCUUCUGGGACAAUGGGUGGUGCUUGUGGGUAUGGAAACUUGUACAGCCUGGGUUAUGGGAUUAACACAGCAGCACUGAGCACUGCAUUGUUCAACAAUGGCCUAAGCUGUGGGGCAUGCUUUGAAAUCAGAUGUGUAAAUGAUCCACAAUGGUGCCUCCCUGGCUCCAUUGUAGUCACUGCCACUAAUUUCUGCCCUCCAGGGGGAUGGUGUGACCCUCCUCAACUCCACUUUGACCUCUCUCAGCCCAUCUUCCAACACAUUGCCCAAUACAGAGCUGGGGUAGUUCCUGUAGUUUACAGAAGGAUAAGGUGCAGGAGAAGUGGAGGUAUUAGGUUCACCAUCAAUGGCCAUUCCUACUUCAACUUGGUCCUUGUGACCAAUGUUGGUGGAGCUGGUGAUGUGCAUUCUGUGGCCAUCAAGGGCUCAAGAACUAGAUGGCAGCAAAUGUCAAGGAAUUGGGGUCAAAACUGGCAGAGCAAUGCAUACAUCAAUGGACAAAGCCUGUCUUUUGUUGUCACAGCCAGCGAUGGACGCAGUGUGGUCUCAUACAAUGUUGCUCCAGCUAGUUGGUCCUUCGGACAGACAUAUACCGGAAGCCAAUAUCGCUACUAAGCAUCCCUUUAGCUCUAUUAUGUCCUCUAAAGUAUGGUAAGGUUAUGGGGCAAAAAUCUUAUAGAUUAGAUAAAAAAGAGCAUAUAUAUAUAUAGUUGAAGAGUAUAUAGGGCCAAUAAUAUUGGCUCAAAAUGAAAAGGGUUUGCUUUCAAAUG